AUGUAAAAAAUCCUGAAGUGCGCCGGGAACGAAGACAUCAUCACCCUGCGCGCGGAAGACAACGCGGACACGCUGGCUCUGGUGUUUGAGGCGCCCAAUCAGGAAAAAGUUUCUGAUUAUGAGAUGAAGCUAAUGGACCUGGAUGUGGAGCAGCUUGGAAUUCCAGAGCAAGAGUAUAGCUGUGUAGUGAAAAUGCCUUCUGCUGAGUUCGCACGCAUCUGCAGGGACCUCAGCCACAUCGGCGAUGCAGUUGUCAUCUCCUGUGCGAAAGAUGGUGUGAAAUUCUCAGCUAACGGAGAGCUGGGAAAUGGAAACAUCAAGCUGUCGCAGACCAGUAACGUGGAUAAAGAAGAAGAAGCUGUUACAAUAGAGAUGAAUGAGCCAGUCCAAUUGACCUUUGCUCUGAGGUACCUGAACUUUUUUACCAAAGCCACUCCCCUGUCACCUACAGUGACGCUCAGCAUGUCUGCGGAUGUUCCUCUUGUUGUGGAGUACAAGAUUGCUGAUAUGGGACACUUAAAAUACUACCUGGCUCCGAAGAUCGAAGACCAGCAAGAAGGCUCUUAAUUGGAGUAGGACUGAGGAGGAGAUCUGGUCAGCGCUUGGGAGAAGGCAACAGACUUGGAGAAGGAAAUGGCGGUGUUAGCGAUUUCAGUGCGUUGGAGCAUCGUAUGAGCACUGUUAGGCAUGUGGUGUAGAUAUCUUUGUAAAUAUUUUUCAACUUACUAUUUUGUUAUACUGCUGUCAUUGAAAAUAGGAAGUUUUGUUUUUUCUAGUCUAUUCCUGUACUUCCAGUAAGCUCUUAGAUGCUGUCUUAAGGUGAAAUGUCUUACUCCUUUCAGAUUGUGUUGGAGAAGGGGCACAAUGUUUGGCUUGAGUAAAGAUG